AUGGCUGCCUUGCGGGCCAUGCUGCAGAUCCGCUCAACGGACAGAACCUCCAUCGACCAGCAACGCGACUCUCUCGACAUUGACCACCACCCUUAUCACACUUCACACUCUACACCGGGUAGUGCCCAGUCGUCCUCUGUCCAGAGUCUGUCGACAGGGUCAUCUGUCUACGGUCAUCACCACCAUCCUUCUUCCAGCCAAAGCAACUACAACAACAACAACAAUCUCACCAGCAGCAUCAGCAGUGUGGUUGGGGUGAAAUCAACGACGCCCGCCAAGAAGCCAACAUUCAUCGUCAACUUGGGACUCCACUCGGGCGCUGCUUCUGGGAACCUAGGACUUGUCAAGUUUGCGUUGGACAAUGGACAGCCGAUUGAUUCGGUUGUCAAUGGAGUCUAUGCUAUUCAUGCGGCGUGCUGCAAUAACAAUGUUGCUGUUGUUCUCUACCUGAUUGAACAUGGGGCAGAUGUCAAUGCGAGGAGAUUGCCUAGGAAAAACAGCCCCGAAAAAGGAGUACAAACGGUUGGCACGACCGGCUCGACUCCCUUGCACUUUGCAGCAGCCAACGGGUGCCUCAACGUCGUGGAUAUUCUUCUCCGGCACGGGGCUAUCGUGGACAUGACAGACAAGUAUGGAACAUCGCCGUUAUCAGUUGCUGCGGCCAGGAAGCACCCCGAAGUCGCCAGUUUGCUCCACCAAUACUCAUCCAUGCAGCGCGGUGUUCAGGACCUGACCCCAGACACAGAAAUCAGGGAUCCAUGGCCAGAACGACGAGGCAGCACUGAGUCAAAUCGUCGCGGUGCCACCGUUGUUACCCCUACCCCAUCAUCACCCUCCACCUCCACCGCCACAUCUGCUCGCUCGUCACCAACAGGGCACUCAAAAGACCCCAGCGCACAAUCCUUGCCAGCCACUGCAACCUCACGCGGAAACUACUCGACAACGCGGGUCGCUGGUCAGAGGCGCAUCAGUCUCCCUUCCAUUACAGAGUCACCUUCAUCACCCAACAUACCUGCCCCACCUCGACAGUCUUGCGAUUUUGGAAGGACUCCGCAGUCAACAGAGCCAUUGAUCAGGACCACAUCCUCGCUUCGAUCCACCAACUCGCAACCCACUCGCAACAAGCCAAACAACCUCACCAUCUCUUCACGACCAUCAAUGGAUGUAUCCCGGCCCUCCAUGGAUAUGUCACGUCCAUCUGUGGAUAUGACACGGCCCUCCAUGGAUAUGACACGACCAUCAAUGGAUAUGACGCGGCCGUCGAUGGAUAUGUUACGACCCUCGAUGGACAUGUCAAGGCCCUCGAUGGACAGUCAUCGGAGGCAGGAGCCAGCACGGCGUGGAAUGCAGCGGUCUCAUACAACUCAAGACGGCGAGCAACAAAGAAAGCCACUGGGAGAGUCGGGGGACACACCAGCAAUGAAGAGACGCAAAUCGAUGGAGUCGGCCAAGUUCUUGUCACCUCAUUCGGCCAUGACGUCGGUCAGUCGGCGUAAGUCAUUCGACCAGCUUUCCAGCUUGCGAGACCCGGAUCCUAAGAGCAGGCGGUCGUCUUCUGCAUCUUCGACAGCCUCUCAAAAUACAGGAUCUUCAGCAACAUCAGGGACAACAAACACCAGCAUGUCGGAGCACACACCCGACUCUACCUCUGCGAGUAUGGCCCCCUCGGGCUAUCCUCAGCAACUCAGUGGCAGCGAGAUCAAGGCCUUGUAUCUGAGCGGACGUACGGAUUCAGGAAACGCCUCAAUGCUGCCGUCGCCCCUGACACGGUCGAUCUCGCAGCCUGUGAUAGAGCAAAUCAAGCCCAGGCGACCUCCUGUCUCGUUUGCGAGCGAGCCUGUUGUUCGCCAGUCGUUGGACGUUCAGCGUCUUGCGAUGAACCAGGAGCGGGCAAACGAGAGCGAGCGACUGAAUGGACUGCUGAAAAACGACUCGGAUUCUGACCUGCCUGGACAGCUCUUCCGCCGGCGAACGAUGCAGGAGCCCAUAUUGAAUCCAUCGAGACUGUCGAUCCUUCCACGCCAUCACAGUAUGGGUCCCUCAGGGAAUAUGGAAACUCGUAGCACACCGACCUCACCGGACGAAAUGCCAGGCAGCGGAAAGGGAUCGCACUAUCAGCAACAACAUCACACGCUGUCUUCAUCGCAAGAUUCGUCAAAGUCAUUGCAGGAUAUCGCAGCGCCUCGCCUCAGCACGAGUUCGAUUUCUUCAUUGUCGGGCAGUUCGACAGUGGGACGGUUCUCUCGUAUGUGGUCCUCGUCAGCGAGCAGUGCGGCAGCAGCAGGUGGCAAAGAGAACAGUGCACCAGGCGUGGUUGCGGGCAACUGGAACGUGGGCGAGUUUGGCGAGGCGAGCGCUGAGGCUGCGGCGCAGAGUCUUGCCCGGCCAGAGCUGAACCGCACCCGUGGUGGUAGUGGUGGUGGUGGCAUGUUGAACCGGCUCUCUGGCAUCUGGUCUCGUCGAUAA